AUGGAGGCAGACUCAUUGGAUAAUGAUACAAGGGGGUGGAUCAUGGCCGUAAUUAGUGGAAUAGCAUGUGUAAUUGGUAGUUGCAUAAUCUGCAUAGAUAUAUUGAUAAGAUAUAUCCCCAGCAAGAAGAAUUUCAGCAUACAGGAUAGCAAUGCUUUCCUGGCUGCCUCUUUAAGCUUGAGUUUUGGUGUAAUGAUCUUCUCCUCAUUAUAUAGUAUGCUUCCAUCAUCAAAAAAAUACCUUAUUGAGGGUGGUUAUACAGCACAUGCCGCUGCGUGGAUUCUUUUGGCCUGUUUCGCCGCGGGAUUUAUUGGUAUACAAUUUGUUUCGAGGCUCAUGCACCACUUUAUCCCAUCGCAUGUCUCACACUGCGAUCACUCUCAUGAGCCCAAUGCAACACAUCACGACCAAAGUAACCAUCUUGAAGGCCUCGACGGUCACCAUGACCACAGCCUUCCACUCUCAAAAUCGAGUUCUCAUGUAGCAGUUCCUCAAGCGAACAAUACGAUGACCGAAUCUACACCACUUCUUAUGCCAAGUACAGAAGAAAAUGGAAAGUGCCUGCCCAAAGGUCUUGCGUUAAUAAAUUCAGAUUCCCAGCCGAACAAUCGUCGUCAAUCCGCAACUUCCAGCAGACGACCGUCACUGAUGGAAGUUCAAGCCAGGGUCAUGUCUUUUGUGAAGGAUAGAAAGGCUAAUUGUGACGAGAGUGGGCCAUGUUUUGGAUUUUCUGACCUCUGUGGACGAGAGUGCUUAAGAACUCCCAUCAAUACAAGACCUCCUUACACGGCACGAACUCCAACCGGCACUCUAUCAACUCGAUCUCAUCCUUUCACACUACCGGAAGAAGGAGAAGAGAGUCGGGACAAUUCAACACGAUCUCACGAGGAAACGGAAAUGGCCAGUUGUCAAGACUCUGACGUUGAAGCACAACAACAUCAUCAUCAUGUCCCCGAAAAUGCCUUUAUGGAUAUUGGUCUCCAAACAAGUAUAGCCAUUGGAUUGCAUAAGUUGCCAGAAGGUUUCAUUACAUUUGCUACCAAUCAUGCAAACCCCGAACUUGGAGUUUCUGUAUUUCUAGCCUUACUCGUUCACAACAUCACUGAAGGAUUUGCAAUGGCUCUUCCAUUGUAUCUAGCACUUGGUAGCCGACCUCGAGCUAUCUUCUGGAGUUCUCUCUUUGGCGGCGUUUCACAACCAGCAGGUGCCGGCAUUGCAGCUGCAUGGUUUUCGAUUUCUGGGCGAGAGGGCCAUGCGCCUAAUAUUGUGGUUUAUGGGUGCAUGUUUGGUGUCACGGGAGGUAUUAUGGCAAGUGUUGCAUUGCAUCUUUUUGCUGAGUGCGUGGGUAUGAAUCAUAACAGGAGUUUGUGCAUUUCUUUUGCAUUUGUUGGGAUGGCGUUGAUGGCUAUGAGCAAUGCUCUUACCUCUGAAUAA